GCGCAUGCGCAGUGACAUAAAAAUAACUCGAGUACUUCCUGUGUUCGUUUGUGGAAGUGUUCUCUACUUUUUCAGGGUUCUGUUGCCGUUGAAGGUUAAAUAGCUGAAGCUGUAAUCAUAUCAGGCGGCCGACCUGCAUAAUAACACUAACCUUUAGACUGGAAUGAAAGCAGUUAUGAAAGUUUUCCUAACGAGGCGCAUCCCGCAAGAGGGAAUGAAGAUCCUGUCAGCAGCUGGAGUCUGUGAGGUGUCUCAGUGGGACUCAGAUGAGCCUGUGCCCAGGACAGAGCUUCUCAAGGGGGUUCAGGGAGCUCACGGUCUGCUGUGUUUGCUGUCUGACAAGAUCGAUGCUGAGGUUCUAGAUGCUGCAGGACCAAACCUGAAAGUGAUCAGCACCAUGUCUGUGGGAUUUGACCACUUGGCUCUGGAUGAGAUCAAAAAACGCGGCAUACGCAUCGGAUACACUCCGGAUGUCCUGACUGACGCCACGGCAGAGCUCACCGUGGCUCUGCUGCUGGCCACUGCUCGCAGGUUACCAGAGGGAGUGGAGGAGGUCAAAAAUGGUGGCUGGAGCUCGUGGAAGCCUCUUUGGCUGUGUGGUUACGGCUUAAUGGGCAGCACUGUAGGAGUCGUCGGACUGGGGCGCAUCGGUAUGGCCAUCGCUCAGAGGCUCCUGCCCUUUGGAGUGAACCGACUACUUUAUUCUGGGAGAACGGCCAAACCUCGUGCUGCUGAAGUAAAAGGAGAGUUUGUUCCCCUGGACACCCUCGUGUCUGAGAGCGACUUCAUCGUUGUUUCCUGCUCACUGACACCAGAGACCCAGGGCCUGUGUGACAAAGCCUUUUUCAGCAAGAUGAAAAAAACAGCAGUCUUCAUCAACUCAAGCAGAGGAGCGGUGGUGAACCAGGAGGACCUGUACGAGGCUUUGAGUAGCGGACAGAUCGCCGCAGCCGGACUGGAUGUUACGACGCCUGAGCCGCUUCCAACAAACCACCCGCUUCUUACUCUAAAAAACUGUGUGGUGUUACCACACAUUGGCAGUGCCACGUACUCAACUCGAGGUGUCAUGUCCGCUCUGACGGCUCAAAACCUGCUGGGCGGCCUGCAGGACUCAGACAUGCCCAGUGAACUCAGAUUUUAAACCCAAGCCACGUACCUGCUGUUUCAGUUACAAUUCAGUGUGAUUAAAGGGAGGUAGAAAAGAAUCGUGCACCUACUAAAAUAGCUCGAGCCUGAGCAGGAACUAGUUUUAGUGUCUUCAUUUCAUUUGAUUCAAUCACAUUUAUUUCUGGGACGUUUUUAAUACGGAGAGCAGUUGGAGGUAGGAAAGAGAAACUGGUUUUGUCAUUUCAUCUGUUUUAAUUGAUCACAAAAGAGGCUAAUGAACAGAUUAGAAACACAUCUUUGGAUUGUUUCUUAUUUUAAACACAUACUUUUAAAACUUUGCAGGUAAACAGAUCUUAAAAUACACAUUUUUGGGGCAGAAACAGCUUUCUAGAUGAUAUUAAUAUUAAUUUAAUCAAUUUCCCUCUGGGAUUAAUAAAGUAUUUUUGAAUUUGAA